UGCCGCUGACGCUUCCAAAAAAAUGUUGAAUUUUUCAUCUUCGGAGCAUUUUAUUUAAAGAUUUAUUUAAAUAUUAUAAAUUAUGAUUUAUUAAAAUAGUACUCACCUUUCCCAUAAUAUACUCACAGCUUAUUAUUGCAUUAGAGGACAUAAAUUACUGUCAAAUUUAUUGGUUACUGUGAUAUAGAACAAUGCUAUAAACUCUACAACCGGGUUAACCUAAAAUAGAGUUGGAGAGAUACAAAAAGGCUUGAAAAUGCGCAUGUACUCAAUUUGCAAGCAGACCCAUCCGGCGACGGGGAUCGAGCAUGCAAUCACCUGCUACUUCUUCAACCGAGUCGAGCGGUCCCUGGUGGUGGCUGGAGCCAAUGUCCUCCGGGUGUUCAGGCUCAUACCUGAUGUCGACAUCAACAAAAAGUCCAGAUACAAAUACACCGAGCUGAACCCGCCGAAAAUGAAGCUGGAGUGCCUGGCGUCGUAUCAGCUGUUCGGCAAUGUGAUGUCGAUGCAGCCAGUGUCGCUGCCCGGCUCGCAGCGCGACUCGCUGCUUAUAAGCUUCAAGGACGCCAAACUCAGUGUCGUCGAGUACGACCUGGACGCGCACGACCUGCGAACGCUGUCCUUGCACUACUUCGAGGAUGACGAGAUGCGGGGUGGUUGGACUCAACACUUUCAAAUCCCGAUGGUGCGCGUGGACCCGGAAGGCAGAUGCGCAGUCAUGCUAGUCUACGGCCGGAAGUUGGUGGUGCUUCCCUUCCGGCGCGAGUCGUCGUCAGCCGCUGCCACUUCCGGUGCCGCUGCUUCCGCUUCCGGUUCCGCUGGUGCCGGUGGCGACGCCGCCGACAAGUCAGACCCGAAAGCAAAGUCGUCCGGCGCGAGGACGCCUGUCCUCGCGUCCUAUACUAUUCGACUGAAAGAUCUGGAGGAGAAGAUGGACAAUGUGAUCGAUAUACAGUUCUUGCACGGCUACUAUGAACCGACACUGGUCAUACUGUAUGAGCCGGUCAAAACGUUUCCUGGACGCAUAGCAGUUCGGAAGGACACCUGUUGCAUGGUGGCGAUCUCGCUGAACAUCCAGCAGAGAGUGCACCCGGUCAUCUGGUCGGUCACCAAUCUGCCGCUAGACUGCACCCAGGUGGUGCCCGUGGCGAGGCCCCUCGGCGGCACACUCAUCAUGGCCGUCAACGCACUCAUCUACCUCAACCAGAGUGUGCCGCCCUACGGCGUCAGUCUCAAUUCGGUCACCGAUGUCAGCACCACGUUCAUUCUCAAGCCACAAGAGAACGUGAAGAUAACGCUGGAGGGCGCACAGGCCUGUUUCAUUUCACACGAACGACUUGUGAUCUCACUGAAGGGAGGUGAACUCUAUGUUCUAACUCUCUAUUCCGAUAGCAUGCGCAGUGUCAGGAGUUUUCAUCUGGAGAAAGCUGCUGCCAGUGUCUUGACUACUUGUAUCUGUGUUUGUGAGGAGAACUAUCUGUUCCUCGGUUCCCGUCUUGGAAACUCACUGUUGCUCAGGUUUACUGAGAAGGAAUUGAACCUGAUUGAGCCGAGAGCUAUCGAAAGCUCACAAUCCCAGAAUCCGGCCAAGAAGAAAAAGCUGGAUACUUUGGGAGAUUGGAUGGCGUCUGACGUCACUGAAAUACGCGAUCUGGAUGAACUGGAAGUGUAUGGCAGUGAAACACAAACCUCUAUGCAAAUUGCAUCCUACAUAUUCGAGGUGUGUGACAGUAUACUGAACAUCGGUCCAUGUGGCAACGUGUCAAUGGGUGAGCCGGCCUUCCUAUCGGAGGAGUUCUCCAAUAACCCCGACCCGGACAUAGAGCUGGUCACCACCUCUGGAUACGGCAAGAAUGGCGCACUCUGUGUGUUGCAACGGUCUCUCAGGCCUCAGGUGGUGACAACUUUCGAGCUGCCGGGCUGCACGGACAUGUGGACUGUGGUUGGGUCGACGAGUGAGAGAGGAAAAGAGAGAGAGAGUGAAGGCCACGACGCAGCACAUGCCUUCAUGAUACUCAGUCAACCUGAAUCCACCAUGAUACUCCAAACCGGGCAGGAAAUCAACGAAUUGGAUCAUUCUGGGUUCAACACUUUGGGACCCACCAUCUACGCUGGCAAUUUGGGAAACAACAAAUACAUUGUUCAGGUGUCACACAUGGGUGUUCGGCUGCUUCAAGGCCUGGAGCAGACCCAGCAUAUCCCGAUCGACCUGGGUUCGCGACUGUGGCACGCUUCAGCUGCCGACCCCUAUGUGGUGAUCAGCACCGAGGAUGGCCAGCUCAUCAUGCUCACCUUCAAGGAGACAAAGGGAGUCGGUCGGCUCACCGUAAUGCGGCCCAGUAGUCUGUCGUUGAAACCAACGAUUACAGCUCUGUGCGUAUACAGAGAUGUGAGUGGACUCUUCUCCACAGUCAUUCCAGAUGCCGACUUCAACCAGGCCUCCAAAGCUGAUCUCCAAGAGCAUGUUAAAAGGGAAGUUGAUGAUGAAGACGAGCUGCUUUAUGGAGAACAAACUGCGAGUAAGAAGUCCAAUGUGCCUGAUAAGCCGGUCAAAAAGAAAAUACCCUGGUGGCAGAAAUUCCUGAUGGAAGUACGGCCCACCUACUGGCUGCUGUUGACCCGUGACAACGGUCACCUGGAGAUGUAUUCGUUGCCCGAUCUGAAGCUCAACUAUUUGGUGUCGAAUGUGUGCGCUGGCUUCAAGGUGCUGACAGACUCACUGGGUGCGGCGCCGACUGUUGCCCAGCCUCAGCAACAGCCCGAAGUAAUGGCGGCAAGUGACACCGAGCUACCUCAGGUGCAGGAGAUGCUGGUGGCGUCACUGGGCCACAAUGGAACCCGACCUCUGCUGCUUCUGCGCAUUAACCAGGAGAUCCUCAUCUACCAGGCCUACCGCUAUCCGCACGGCCAUCUCAAGAUGCGCUUUCGCAAGGCCAACCAGGUGAUCGUGAUCAAACAGUUCAACACAUCCCCUUCGGCCGCCAAACCGACGUCAGCCGCGGACGACGCGGCGUCGAAAGCGUCGUCGGCCGAAAGCCGCGUGAAUUUGCUGCGCUACUUCAGCAACAUCUCGGGCUACAACGGCGUGUUCGUGUGCGGUCCCUACCCGCACUGGAUCUUCCUGACGUCGCGCGGCGAGCUGCGCGUCCAUCCGAUGGGCAUCGACGGCGGCGUGCACUGCUUCGCGCCCUUCCACAACGUCAACUGUCCGCAGGGAUUCCUCUACUUCAACCGCAAGGAUGAGCUGCGUAUCUGCGUCCUGCCCACGCAUCUGUCCUACGACGCGCACUGGCCUGUCAGGAAGGUGCCGCUCAGGUGUACACUGCAUUCUGUUACCUAUCAUGUGGAGAGCAAGACCUACUGUAUCAUCACCAGCCUUGCAGAGCCAUCCAACAAGUACUACAAGUUCAACGGUGAAGACAAGGAGCUGACGGAGGAGGACCGCGGUGACCGCUUCCCCUACCCCCACCAGGAGCGCUUCAGCGUGCUUCUGUUCUCGCCCGUCUCCUGGGAGGUCAUCCCCAACACGAAGACCGACCUCGACGAAUGGGAACACGUCACCUGCCUCAAGAACGUCAGUCUCGCUUACGAGGGUACGCGCAGUGGUCUGAAAGGCUACAUAGCGCUGGGCACCAACUACAACUACAGCGAGGACAUCACGAGUCGCGGCCGCAUCCUCAUCUUCGACGUGAUCGAGGUCGUCCCCGAGCCAGGGCAGCCGCUCACCAAGAAUAAGUUCAAGAUGGUCUACUCCAAGGAGCAGAAGGGGCCGGUCACCGCCAUGACGCAUGCGCUCGGAUUCCUCAUUUCGGCUGUUGGACAGAAGAUCUACAUUUGGCAGUUGAAGGACAAUGAUCUGGUGGGUGUGGCUUUCAUUGACACUCAAAUCUACAUCCAUCAAAUACUCGCCAUAAAGAGUUUGAUUUUGGUGGCAGACGUCUACAAGUCUAUAUCUCUUCUAAGGUUCCAAGAAGAGUACCGCACUCUGUCGCUGGUGUCGCGCGACUACCGGGCGUCGGAGGUGUACACGGUCGAGUUCCUGCUGGACAACACGCAGAUGUCGUUCGUGGUGACCGACCGCGACAAGAACGUGGUGCUCUACAUGUACGACCCGGAGUCGGCCGACAGCUUUGGCGGGCAGCGGCUCAUGCAUCGCGCCGACUUCCAUCUGGCGCAGCACGUCAACGCCAUGUUCCGCGUCAAGUGCAAACUGGUGCAGGGCAGCCACGCCAAUAAGCACCUCGCCAACAGUGAUAAGCGACAUUGCACCAUGUUCGCCACACUGGACGGUGCACUGGGUUACAUGCUACCAAUCCCGGAGAAAAUCUAUCGGCGACUUCUCAUGUUGCAGAAUGUACUCGUUAACAACAUUCCACAUAUUGCUGGGCUCAAUCCCAAAAGCUACAGAACGUUCAAGAGUGCAGACAAACUGCUUGGAUCUCCUUCAAGGGGCAUAAUCGACGGUGAACUAGUAUGGAUGUUCUUAUCGUUGCCUCUCCUCACACGUCAGGAAAUCGCCAAGAAAAUCGGCACCAAAGUCGACGAUAUCAUUGAGGACCUGACUGACAUAGAGAGGCUAACUGCUCAUUUUUAACAGCAUCGUUGUAAAUGACGAAAUAGAGAGGCCAACUGCUCAUUUUUAACAGUUACGUUGUAAAUGACGAAAUAGAGAGGCUAACUGCUCAUUUUUAACAGCAUCGUUGUAAAUGACGAAAUAGAGAGGCCAACUGCUCAUUUUUAACAGCAUCGUUGUAAAUGACGAAAUAGAGAGGCUAACUGCUCAUUUUAACAGCAUCGUUGAAAGUGUUUCACUAUAGAGGGGUUCGCCACUCAGUGUUAACAAAAUCGUCGAUUUGUUUCGCUAUAGAGGGGUCAACCAUGCAGUUUCAUCAGAAUCUGCCAAAAUACUUUAUCGGAAAAGUUACUCGUUUAUUUUUAGCAGAAUCGGUUCAAGAAAAGGGGUUUUAGGUGUGGUCACUCUGAACCUAUCUGCUAUCCUAUAGGUUUCUGUAUCUAUGUCUAAGGUCCGGAUGCAGAUACUCGGUUUAAACGGAGAAAUGUCUUAUUAUGUUCGUUUAAAGCCCGGUUCAGACGCUCAAGUUUAGCUUCAGUCUUCUGCUCAAGCAAAAGUCGGAGCAUGUAAGUCGUUGCGUCUGGACGGUAAAACGGAUCGGACGGUCUUCAAGCUUAAGUCGUCAAACUUGAAAUGUAUCGGCCGGGAAUCUUUUUCCAUCAAACCGUCCGUCUUUUGUCUAUCCACCAAAACCUAAAUCGCGUAAAAAUGGCGAUAGAGAAAUUGUGAUUUCAGAUUCGGAUUCAGCGCCCUCAAAUUAAUAAAAUGCCUUGCGAGUACUUGAAAAUAAGCAAGUUUUUUUAUCGAUUGUAUAUAACGCCAUUUAACCCUUUUUUCUUCCUUGAUUCUCAUGAUACUCUCAGAAUUUGAUGUUGAUAUUAUGAUUUACUAUCAUGAUAUAUUAAUAUGUACUAUAUUGUUGAUAAGAAUACUAUCUACAAAAUUUCAAUCCAUUUACAAUCACUGU